GUCCAGCCGAGGCACCUGUGUUCCACGCGUGUCCCUCUUCGACGUUCCCAUCACCAAUCGAGUUCCAUUCUCUAUCUCUUCUCUACCUGACUGGUUCAUCGCGCUUUUAUGAAGUCACUGGAAGUGACGAGAAGUCGUCGGGGACCGGAAGGGAGAAGACAAAGAGCAACGCUCAUCCUCGUACGCUUGGGAUCAACAGGUUAAUUCGCAGAGGCUGUCCGAACCCACUGGUGAACGGAGUGAUCAUUCUCCAGGCUUUAAACGCCCGCGGACGAAUCCUGUAGAAAAUCGUGUAUUCUUUUCACGAGAUUCCUCAAAAGAAGGAGAAAAGGCUUGGAGCCCCGGAGAUGAAAAUCGAACACGCUCCGAAAGGUCGGCGCGGAUCGCUAGUUGGUGACCCGGAGCAACAAAGAGUCUCGCGUUUCAUCGCCGCGGUGGAAGCACAAUGAGCCCUGUACACUGUACAGGCUUCUAUCUUCCCUCGGUAGACUGAGGGAGAACGGAGGAAAAGCACAAAGAGCGGCCGGGGGCGGAGGGCAGGGAACCGGAAAGGGAAAAGCAUUCGUCGAGUCAUCGCGCGGUGAGAUGGCGACCAACAGCCCCGGACAAUCGAUACAUCUGAAAUCUCCGCGGAGUCCGCGACAGUUGCCGCAACUGCCUCAGAUUCCGAUCGGCGGUCAGCGAAGUCCCACGCAGCUGUCCGUGAACAAGUCGCCGCGCACGGCUCUUGUAUUCGAGUUCCCACCGGAGUACUACCCCGAGACGCCCAACACGAACUUCGACUUCGAAGAAUUCGGACGGGCGAGCGAGCUCGACCGAAACCCCAGAAGUCCUGGUUAUUACCACCGGCAAGGAUGCAGGAGCCCCAAAAGCGCCAACGCAGAUCUGCUCCACUCGCCGGGAAGGAAAUCGCCCGUGCCUCAGUUCACCGAGGGCAGAAAGAAUCUGGGCAAGACCAUGAGCUACCCACCGAGGAGCCCCAUCUCCGCAGGUCCCGUGGUUCCCGCCAGGUCGCCCAGUUCCUCGAAUUUCGGCUCUAAGAGCCCGAAGAUGUUCGACCAUCGGAAGAACUUCUGUUUCGGGUUGAAGAGUCCCAUGUCUCCUACGAUCGUGACCCACCCUAGUUACUCGUUCAUCAGCCCGAAGCACUCUGAAAUGAACCUCGAACAGCAGUGCAAGGCGGGCUACAAGAGUAACACGGGGUCUAGGACGUCGUCCAUAGAAGGAUCGUUCAGAGACAAGAACGACGGUCCUAACGAGAAGAAGAGCAAGAGGCCUGGACGCUUCAAUCGUAGCCAGGGUUGUUUGAACGAGACUGGGAAGAGCCAGAGCGAGGGCAAAGAAGAAAAUUACAGCAGGAGCGGGAGGAGCAUCUGGAGGAGGUCGACCAGUGAUUUAACGGAUAUGGACGCGGACACUGAAGUGACUCUGCUGUCCAGCCCGAGCAGGCGAGGGUCCAUGAAAGGCGGUCUCGCCUACCUGGCGUCGCGGCGAGGUUCGCGCGACAGCCAGUGCUCCAAUUUGUCGAACGUCAGCAACGAGGAUGUCGGUCCGCUGAAUUUCACCGCUCACCCCCGCGGCAGGCAGCGAAGGACCUCCAACUUCUUGGAACUACCCGUGCCCGAUCACAUCAGACCGCGGGUGCACAGUUUACCUGAAAAAGCGUACAAUCCGAGGACCAGCAACGAUCUCUACAGGCUCAGAGCUUUCAGCAUCACACAUAAAGGAGUCGUUAAUCAAGGCGAUUCGAUUAUCUUCAGGCUGAGCAAGAGCAACACCUCCGUCAACAGUAGCAGAAACAGCAACGUUUCCGGGGAGAGAUCGCCGUUCGACGGUUCCUGCUGCAGUGGACAAGGCGUCGGGGCGGACAGCAUAGAGAGCGAGGAGAUGGAAGAAAUACCGAAGUACCUGGUGGUGAUGCUCGGCGAUUCCGAGGUCGGGAAGACCGCGUUGGUCUCUCAAUUCAUGACCAGCGAGUACAUCAAUACGUACGACUCCAGUCUGGAUGACGAGUUCGGUGAGAAGACGGUGUCGAUCCUGCUGGACGGCGAGGAGUCGGAAAUGGUGUUCAUCGAUCAUCCGCACGUUGAGAUGAGCGUGGAGAAUUCGUUAUCCACCUACAAGCCGCAUGCCUGCGUCGUCGUUUACUCGAUCGAGUCCCGUUCGAGUUUCCAGGUGGCCGAGGAAAUACUAAACUAUUUGUGGAGGGAGCAUUACACGCAGGAACGAUCGGUGAUCGUGGUCGGUAACAAGUCAGACCUGGCUAAGAGUCGCACGAUCACAGCAAACGAGGGCAAGCAACUGGCGACGUUGAGGGAGUGCAAGUUCAUCGAGACGUCUAGCGGUAUUCAGUACAACGUUGACGAGCUUUUGGUGGGCGUGUUGAAGCAGAUACGUUUACGGGAGAGCCGCGAUAGGAAGCUGAAACGGCAGGGCAGCAAGAAGAAGAUGCUAUCGAAACUGCACGGUAGCAAGACGGUGCUGAGCUUGAAUCCGGCCAGGGAGAUACUCAACAAGAUGUGUUUGAAGGACAGUAAAAGCAAGAGCUGCGAGAACCUGCACGUGCUCUAAAUCACGAUACUUGAUUCUCGACAAAUUUUAUAAUAUUUCAUUCUUUCAGCAGAAAAUAUGGGACGUCAUUAAUCAUCAUUAGGAAAGAACAUUCGACGUGAUGUUAUCUAAAUGUGUCCAAAGGUAAUUAAUUAUUAUUCAACUGGAUUCCUCCAAUUAAAGAAACGAUUCGUUCAUUCGUUACUGUCGUCAGAUUACUAUCAUAAAAUCGAUGGGUUCUUAGCUUUUGUCACGAUGUAUGAUUGUUCUCCACGUUUUUAGUUUCUCAACGAAGUCAAUGGCCUACGCGCGAGCCCUGGAAGUAUGUGCAAAUAAGGAAAUUUUCGCUCUUCGAAUCCUAUGGCUUCAUAGCCUGCUUGUUUCUCGAAUAAUAUUUGCUCUACCUUCCAGUCCGUCGCUGUCGGUGCUAAACUAAGUACAAAAUCGCUCGGGACUGGUUGAGGCUUCUGUAUUUCGAGCAAAUUGUCAGUCGAGUCAAUUCAUUAAACUAUCAAUUCCUUCAUUUUUUUCAUAAUGUACAAUACUUCACUUCUGUUCUUAUGCUUCAUUCGAAUCGAUUUAACUCCUUCGUAAUACAAAUUACAAUUUGAUAUAUUGUUGUCAGCGACGUGGUGUUUAAAUAAUCGAUGGAAAUUCAUUGAAAUCCUAUUCAGGGUUGAUUCUCUGCGUAAUUCACGACGUCAGGAAUUAGAAGACGAAUCGCGGAACGAACUUGGCUCCGAUUUUGCGAUUCGGUUAUUUGUUAGAAUCUAAUGGGCGACACGUGUUCCUCUCGUGUUGCAACCGGUUGCUCCCUUCUUUUACAUACAAGGUAACCCCUGGCGAACCGGGUCGAUACACAGUUAGCAAAUGGAAAAGUACGGAAAUAUACUAUAAAAACCGGCCGUUUUAUCGUCGCGUUAAACGAAUUUCAAGCUUCGCUUGAUUGGAUCACGCGAUUACAGUUCACAAUAUUUUCAAGCAAUUCUUCAUCCAAACGCGAAAUGAAACGUCUCGUUGUUAAAUCGCGUAGUUCUACGAUAUCAAUUUAAAAAUGAAAUAUCGGUAAAAGUUUCCUAAGUCAUUCAAUCAAGUAUUGCGAUACCCAAUUUGUUUCUGAUAUUUUUUUUUAUACAAUCACGUUUUUCGUUUUUCGUGCAAUUCUCAGAGAUUCAUGAAAUCCGCAGUUCGCUCGUUACGUUAUCGAUUUUACCGCGACUCACCCUCGGAAGGAAUUCGCCGCACGGGUAUAUGAUUUCACAUUAAAGUCAACAGGUAAUGAAUUAUGCGAGGUCGCAUAUCGACUAUCAGUUCGUUUUACGCAAAUCCAGAGUUCAAUUGAUCCGCGAUUGAAACGACAACAUGGAACGGCAUCUCAUGCUAAAUGUAGCAAGAGAAGGAGAUAGAGAAAGAGAGAGAGAGAGAGAGAGAUUUCCAAUAAUUGCGGUUAGGCGACGUACGUAUACCGGGGGCCCAAUUAAAACGACUUCGAUUAAUUGCGAUAAAAACGGUCGAUCGUUUCCGAAACGAAUCGGCUCGCGUGUCAAGGCGGAAGAUUGAUUUCUUGUCCCUUGACUGGCUCGGUUUUCAGCGCGGUCUGCCAAGCAAAAUAGCCGGCUCUCGUUUAAUUAAUCGACGAAACUCGUUUGGAGAACCGAGCCAAACGAAUCGCUGGACGCUGGUUUCGUCCAAUUUGAGUGACGCUGGACGUCUCCUUUCUUAAUUAAAUACGUUAUCCUGUAUAAACGAUCUAAAUGUAACGUCGACGGUUAAUAAUAAUAUUAAUAAUAAUAAUAAUAAUAAUAAUAAUAAUAAUAAUAAUAAUGAUAAGAUGUUUCACAGAAGGUCUAGUUGCUUCGGUGGUACCGAGUCAGCAGUUUCUAUCAUUAUCAACGAUUAGGUAAGCUAAAUAUUUGGACGAUUCGUUUCUAAUCUGCCUUUCAGAGAAGACUCGAUCAUCGUCGCAUUUGUCUAAGGAAUUAAACGAACGGAGCUUUGGCCGGGGGGAGGAAUGAAUGUAAUUAAGGGUUUCAUUGAUCGCGAAUACAUUGAAAUUCGAGUAGGGACGGCCUAAAAACGUACAAGACGGACACAGAGAGAGCGGUCUCUCCGUCGGUAUAUGUGCAUCGUAGAUUUACUUCACUGUCUCACUGUCAUCGUUACCGCACGUUGUUUCCGACGAGACUAGUCGAUGUCGAUCCUCAUCGAGCUACGUCGCGUCACAACGUUUGCGUAUCUUAAGCAAGUUAGAUUAAAUGAUUCUCGCUUAUCGAGAACGGCUUUUACGUAGUUGAUACUCUAUACUACUAUCGGACUGCGGAUGUGAUUAUACUUAUAAAUGUGUAAGACGGGUAUCGGAACGUUAAAUAAAUCGAGAUAAUUGUACUACACGUAAUACGUUUCUAAAUAAACGUCUGCAGUCUACUCACGGUCUCCUGUUAUAAAUUAUUCAACGGCAACGUUUUUAUAAUUGAAUAAUUAUUAUCAUUCAUCAGGUGGAAUACCUCAGAGUUUACGGGUACCUAGAAAGGCUGGUCUAUUUUUAUAAUCUCCACCCACCCAUCUUUUGUACUGUGUAAAAAAAUCCUACGCGAGAAACUCCGUGCGGGGAUUUAAUUAUUAUUAGGGAUGGGAUUGACUUUAAUAUGUACUCAUGAAUAUGAGUCAAUUUCAAUAACCGAGUUUCAUUUCGUCGGUUUCUAUUUAGUACUCGAAGGUAAUAACGUUUCAGUGAUCAUAUUUGAAAAUUAGUCAUUUUAUAUAAAAUGAUACCAAAUCUUGGAAUGAAUACUUAUAAGUUUUAAAUGGAUAUUUAUAAGUACUUCGAUGUUGAAAGGAAUCUUUCACAAGUAGCACCCGAAUUUUAGAAAUCAGAUUUGCAUAGUCGAUUUUAAUUUCACUUAUUACAUUCAUAACUAUUUAAGAAUAAUAUUCCAUUUACUAUACUUGGUUUCGGUCUACUUUUUUUUAUCCAUAUUUCCUGUUUUUGAAAAUACUCUUUCUGAAGGCCACAGAAAUGGCCAUAGAGGGGCUGUCAUUGAUGACUGAUGAUGACACGUGUCCUUACGAAAAUCCGAUAGAUUAUGGAAUCAUAAUUGUAUAUAUCGAUUAAGUUAAGCAUUAAAGGAUAAAAUAAUUGAUUUUAAAUCAAUAGGAAGAUCGUAUAAUUUCUGGAACGAUAUUCAAGAUUCGAAACUAGGUUCGACUAUACCUCGAGAGUUUGAAUACAAUCAAAGUUCGAGGUGCUUGAUCCCACCCAUAAUUAUUAUCCUCCUCUUUUACUUAUAUUUAACUUAAUCUUUUACACUUGUGGCAAGUUCAAGACUGUUUAAAAAAUGAUUUGAAUUGCACCUGUGCGUUCACACAAUUUGACAAUCAAUGUACAUAUUUUGUUAUCUAUAGAAUAUCUGUUCUCUGUGGUAGAACUUAGAUCUUAGGUGUUUAUGUCGAAAUAAAAGCAAUAUGUCUAA